GGAUGGAUGGUUCUGAAUACAAUACAAUGGGGUUUAAAAAUGUCUAGUAAAUAAACAUUUAAGCUUUUUCUAAAUUCAAAAACUUUACAUGUUUUACAUUGAUUCAGGGUUUAAGGCCUAAAAUGGGACACUCAUGUGCCGCGUUUUCCAGUUUUGAUCGAUCUGAAACCUUUCAAUCCCUUUUUACCUAAUCAGAAACCAUCUAUUGCUAUUAUUUAAGCGGCGUUUAGGAUUAGUUUGAAAGAGCGGAUAUGAUCACCGUUUCUAGUUCUUGCUCAACAUCAUGUACAAUGUGCCCGUGUCGGCAGCUCAAAGCGCCUGCUGCUUCUGUUCAUUUCCUCUCCUGUUGUGGUUGACACGCAAUGAGAACUCUUGCUCACAAUACACACAAGCUGGAGGUUAAGACAACACCCGUUUGAAUCCUUGAAGGGUUCUAGCAUUCUUAAGCAUAGCUUUAGACCAAAUAAGCACGGAACGGAGACACACCGACUGCUUCAAUGUAACAAUUCUAGCUCGCUUAUUUAAGCGGUAACUUAUCGGACUGGUGUUCAUCAGAAUACAAAGACGUUGAUGCUGUUGGGCACCAGGACGGUGUUGCUGUUGGUCAGAAGAAAGAAUGUCAGAUGAUUCCACCAGUGGAAAUGCGUGUUCAGGUCGGCUCUUCGACCUGCUCGUCUACCCCGUCAUUGGGGCUCUGUCCUUCACCGUCCUGCUGGUCAUACUGCUGGGAACCAUGUGUCUGAGAAAGUAUCGGUCUUUGGUACGGACAAUUCGAGAGCUGCGAGGUAGCAAGUUGCUGCUGGAUGCUGUUCCUCGGCUGGAAGCUCCCAUCGUGCCUGUGAGGCCAGUGCCAGCAGAGGGGGAGGAACAGCUGUCUCUACUAAAUUCUCUGCAGCAGAGCACCACAGUCAGGUCCUCCUCCAGGAAACUGUGGAAAGGCCUGCAGCAGGGUCCUCGUGUUUCCAAGUCAGACCUGAACCUGCUCCAGCUGAUCAAAGCAGGGAAGGAGGGGGUCUUCUACCAGGCCAGGAUGACCAGAGGGACGUGCAAAGGCCACAACACAUUCACCUGCAAGAUCAGCAAGGAAGGUGUCCGUUCAAAGCAUGUGGACACAGAGGUUUCCAUUAUGAGGAAACUGAUACACCAUAAGAACAUCCUCCAGUUACUGGACUGGAACACCACUGAUGAGCCUUACAUUUUGAUCAUGGAGCAUGUGAGCUGUGGCACUCUAAGGACCUUCCUGCAGACCCACAGGGUCUCCCUGAGUGCGAACCCUGAGCUGCACAGCCUACUCACCAUCGCCUCCUACCACAUCGCUCUGGCCAUGCAGCACCUACGCUCCAAAUUGAUUGUGCACGGUGACUUGGCUUUGAGAAACAUCAUGGUCAAUAAGUUCCCUUGGGAAGUAAAAGUAGCUGAGUUUGGUCUGGCUCGAGACUUGGCAGGCAUCGCAAGCCGCCGCAGCAGCCGCUGGAAGAACCCACGGCAGCGAGUGCCGCUGCGCUGGUACCCACCCGAGUACUUCAAGAGCAACUAUUACGGCUUCAAGGGAGACGUGUGGGCAUUUGGCAUUGUGCUGUGGGAGAUGCAGACAUUUGGUACACUGCCAUACCCAGACCUGGAGAGAUCCGACGCAGUGGUGUACCACAUCUGUAUUGGUCAUAAGAACACAAACCCCGAAGGCUGCAGACCAGAGAUACUCCAUAUCAUGCGAGACUGUUGGCUGGACAUGUACACUCUGAGACCCUCGUUCACGGACGUCGUCCGCAUGUUGGAGGACAUCAUAGAAAACGACGCGGAUUAUGUGGAUGUUGAGAGUCCUCCACCGUUGGUGAAAGAUGAGGCUUAAUAUCAGGAUGCUAAAUGUCUGCGGGCAGCCAGCAUCCUUUUAGAAGAUAGAGGUCGUCUCUACACACCAAGGCAUCAGAAGAGGUCCCACUCUGAACAAUUAUGUCUAUUUAACUCCCAGGGAUUGAUGUGAGAUGAUCACAAUAGAGAGUAUGGUAAAUUAUGUAUGUACAUGUUCUUCAUUCAUUUGUUUGUCAUGUUCUCUAUUUCUUCUUUUACUUUGUAAAUCGUUGUAUUAUUUUAGAUAUGCUUUUUAAAAUCUAUCGUAUUGAUUGAAAUGUCAAUUUUCUACUUCGUAUGUCCCGUUUUUAUCUAGGACUGAAGCAUGUUUACUUUGCUAUUUGUUAUUAAAAGUUCAUUUUAUAUUUAAA